CUCUACCGUUGAGAGAUGAGAGAGAAAGCAAGCUAGCAAAAAAAGUAAAAGUGAAAAUCUGGCCCUUGAAAUUUGUUCAUUAAUUAUGCAGUAAUACAAUACAAAUAAACGGAAUAUUUUGUGCGCGCCCCCAGAGAACAGGCCGUGUGUGAAGAGAUUUUAAGUGAAGUGCGUGAAAGAGCAAAGGACAUUUUUCAAGUAUCUUUAUUGUGGUCCGAAUCGGAUGUGCUGUAAUCCACUAUAGUGAGAGAUAUUGUACGACACACACACAGACAGACAGACAUCUUGGUGCUCGGUGUAUACACACAAACGGCCGAGACGCCCGCGCUUUGCCCUUGGCUUCAUUCGAUUUUUCACAACAGGCCGUGAAAAGCGACCAAAGAGCUCGCCUCGUCACUGAAGAGCCCUAACCGUCAGCGUCAGCGUCACUGUCACCAUCAUCAUCACCAUCAUCAGUGUGACAAGGGAAUAUCAAAGGCUGCAAGCAUGGACAUGCUCAACCAGAUACUCAGCAUUAAUAAUGGCGGCGCCUAUGGGGGCGGCAAGGCGGGCGGCGCCUUCGAUCCACUCACGUUCGCCAUGAAGCCCCAAGUAGUCAUCAGGGCGCUCUGCUGGCUCUUUUCAGUGGUGGUCUUUGGCUGCAUUUCCUCCGAAGGUUGGGCGGAGAAGGAGGGCAAGGAGUACUGCCUCUACAAUGGCGAUGGCAUGGCCUGCAAGUAUGGCAACAUGGUGGGCGUAUUCGGUUUUUUGGCCUCCAUGGGCUUCAUGGGCGGCGAGUUUCUCUUCGAGCGGAUGUCGUCGGUGAAGAGCAGAAAGCGCUAUGUCAUGGCCGAUUUGGGCUUCUCCGCUUUGUGGACCUUCAUGUACUUUGUGGCGUUCUUGUAUUUGUGGUCACAGUGGAGCUCGUCGCCGCCAGCACCUCUCGGCAUUGGCGAAGGCAGCAUGAAGACGGCCAUUUGGUUCUGCCUCUUCUCGAUUGCCACAUGGGCCCUGUGUGCUUUGAUGGCCUACAAACGUUUCCUGAUUGGCGCCGGAGAUGAGUUUACCUCGGCCUUCGAGACAGACCCCGCCAAUGUGGUGCACCAGCAGGCCUACGGGUAUGCCAUGGACAAUGACAACGAUCAAUACAGCGCCUCGCCCUUCGGCCAGGGCCAGCAGCAGGGCGGCAUGGAGCCACAGCAACAGGCUGGCAUGGAGUACCAGCAGCCCACCUAUUAAGGGAAUUUCCACAGCAGCUCCUACUCCUGCAUUCUCCUGCCUCCUCCUCCUACUGCUCUUACUUCGGUUUUUGUUUGUAGUGCGAAUGGCAAAUGGUUUACACGACUACUAGCAAAACACACAAAGCGUUUGGCUUUUACCAUAUACACCGAUGACGAACAUAUAAACCAGUAACAGAAACAAUAACGAUACAAAGUAAUACUACAAAUUGCAGCAGUCGCAACAGCAGCAGCAAGCAAAUGCUUUAGCCACAAGAAAAGAAAGAAGAGAAUAUGUAUAAAUAUAUAUUCGUAUGUAUCUGAAUAAUAAGAGAUAGCUGGAGAUGAAGAUGAGGAUGAUAACUUAUAAGCUAGCCCCCUAAGUUGAGUGUGCAGUUUUUUGUAGUGCGAAUUUGUUGCUAUAUACAGAUAUACAAAUGCAAAUAAUUACAUAUACAUAUGUAUGUCCCGAUAGGAACACUCGGAUAUGCUUUCAACGUUGUUAGUUAUUUAGUGUUUACAUGUAAUCGAAACGUAUCUAUAACGAUUUUCAGUUGUGCCCAGGCCCUGGUCCUGCCACAGUCACAGUUCCCACAGCUACCACAGGCGCAGUUUUAGAUAAAUUUACACACACACACACACACACACACACACACACUCCGCGCAUUCACAGCAAAGAGAGGCCAAUAAACGAGAAGAAGACGAUGAUGAAGAAGAGAGAGAGAGAGAGAGAGGAGAGAGAGAACUGCUCAAAUCACAUAUCCAAUAGCCAACAACAAAAGUACUCUACAUACUCUUAUUGUAGUCUUAAGGCCAGGCCAGGGCCGUGGGCAGAGGCACAGGCAGAGGGGCCGUCGCUUGGUUAGAAAAACGCAAUACCUAAUUAAUUAGCAGCCAAAAAACAAAUGUAAAUUCUAAACUAAAA